CAUAUGAAUGCUUAGAAGAUAUUCAGGGGAGCCAAUUAAUAAAAGGAAACUCAUUCUGGAUUCCUUGACUGCUGGAAAAUUGAAGAACAACCUUCAGGUUUUAAUUAAUUCAACUCUCAACCUUACUAUUCACAAAAAAGGCUGUCUCUGGAUUCAGGAUUUUGAGAGUCAUUGAAUUUCCUCAUCUUCUUAUCUGACUUAUAAUGGAGUGCAUGUAUUUUGUUGCCAUCCUUCUGAUGCAGAUGCCAGUACCAAUUUCAGCACAGUUCAUGGUCCAUGGCACAGUAGAGCCUUUGGUGGCCCCAUUGGGUGGAAAGGUUGAGAUCCACUGCCAUCUUUCACCACCACAGAGCGCAGCACACAUGGAGGUGCGCUGGUUCCGGAACCGCUACACUCAGCCUGUGUAUUUGUACCAAGAUGGCAGAGAUGUUUAUGGAGAAAUUCAUAAAGAUUAUGUGGAACGGACGAAGUUGCUGAAAGAGUCCAUUGGGGAAGGCAAUGUGACUCUCAGAAUUGAAAAUGUUGUCGCUUCUGAUUCUGGGGAGUAUCAUUGUUUGUUUAAAGAUGGUGACUUCUCUGAAGAAGCCAUUGUGGAGAUAAAAAUAGCAGCUGUAGGCUUGGAGAUGCAGUUUAAUGUAAAUAUUACCAACAGUGAGAUAAUGGUGGAGUGUAAUUCAGGAGGAUGGUUCCCUAAACCUCAGAUACAAUGGAUAGAUAGCAGUAGACAAAUAAUUCCGCCUUCAUCAGAAUCCUACUCACAAGAUCAAUCCAAGUUAUUCCACAUAAGCACUACUCUUAUCCUCAAUGACAACUCCAAAACAGGUGUUACAUGUAAUCUUCAGAAUCCAAUAACUGGCCAAAAGAAGUGGACAAGUAUUAAACUAGCAGAUGAUUUGUUCCAAGAAUGUACUUAUUUGGAAACAGUACUUUACAUAAUCAUUUCUGCGCUGCUAUUUGUCAGAUAUGGUUACUUUUUGUGUUACCAGCCAAGAAAUAAAGUUUGCAUUGAUGAGGAUUCCAGGCAUGGCAAAGCUAGAUCCCGUGCUCUGUGUCACAACAAGCUGUAUCGUUGGCUGGGAUUGCCAUCUCAUCGGGAGAUCAGAGCCAUCUUCUUCUUGGAUCUUCAAGAGAAGAAGCUCUUGGAGAAACUACCCAAGUUUAUUGGAAAACUGGCAAUAAUGCUGUUUAUCAAGUGGAUGGGAGUAAAUCCUUUAAUUUUGGUACAAGGUCAAGCAAUCAAGACCAUGAAGAUGAAGCCACAAUAA